UUUUUGUUUUGCCCAAUACAAAAUGACAUCGAACGCCAAACGUUAUGCCUGCCAGACAAAAUGAGGGAACAUUUUCCAUACAUUUCGCAGGCCGGCGUCUUGCGUUUGAGGAAGAAACUGAAUGCUAAUCCAUCAUAUACAGGAUUGACCUUUGAAGCAGCAAUGUUACCGGCAAACCGUUACAUUGAAGCAAAGACAGCAAUAUAAGUUUCGCGGCUAUUUUACUCGAUGAUCGCAUUUGACUUUCAUUGAUGUAAUCAUUGUCGCAGCUAAUGCUUCCCAGGCGAAGAGUGCCUGCUAACCUAACUUAGCUAAGCAAAUUGACUUUUAUUAGUGUUUAAAUUAAUUAUUAAGUCAUUCGCCUGGAAUUCAGAUGGGGGAUUCGUUCGAUCGUCAAGAUGUUGAUCGGGCCAAAGUUUUCUGGGCCAAGAAGAAUGUGGAUCAGGUGUUUGGUGUCAUGUUCAAGCGGCUGGAUCACCUCAGGGAAGUCCUGAGGACCAACACGGCAACCGACAAAGAACGUGUCCAGGCUUUGAAGUCGUUCGACUGUCUGGGGUUGACAGCUCUGUCUCCUGUGGGCGACACUCCGGUUGUUCAGGUGGCUGUUAGUGCAGGUUAUAAGCCAGACGACCACAGCCCCACGCCCACACCUUCUUCAUCAGCCAUUGAUGAUCAGCUGCUGCCCAUUCAGCUGCCAUGUAAGCUGCACUCGUGCUGCAAGACGUGCUUGCCUUCUUUACAAGGCACGCAUAACUCCACCCUGCUAUAUUGGGCUCAGAACCCUCUCAAGGUCCCGCUGCUGUGUGGUUUCAAGCGGAUGGUUGCCAGGCCACUGAUGUUAUCCAGUGGGGGCGUGGCCAGCAAUGAUCAGCAGAAAGAUGGCCAAGAUGAGGAGGAAGAUGAAAGCCACUGGGGUGUCAUUUACAAAGCUCCCUGUGGGCAUAGCCUCCGUAACUAUGAGGAUGUGAUGCGCUUCCUAUUGGCCACAGAAAGCUACGAUGUACUCCAGCUGGACUAUUUUUCCUUCAACAACGUGGUGCAAUUGGACCCUCAUUCAGUGCGAGUCAGCCAGCCCCCUGAGAUCGACCUGAGUCGUGGAUCUGAACCGACCCCAGUGGAGCUGUGUGUGGGGCCCGGUGAUUCCCGGCCAUCUGAAUUCCGCUACAGGAAGGAGCGCUGGCCGCAUGGCUGCUUCCUGACCCGGGGUCCCGUUUUUGACGCUUGUUGUGAGUGUACAGAUGGAUGCUUGGACGCACAACGCUGCGCCUGCAUCGCCAAGACUGGAGCAGGCAACCAUUACAACUAUCAGAGACUCUCCCACUCUGUGACGUCCGGGUUGUAUGAGUGCGGGCCUUGGUGCAGCUGCGAUCGGGCUCUUUGUCAGAAUCGUCUCAUCCAGAGAGGAAUCAGAGUCCGUCUUCAAGUUUUUUGGACGGAGCGUUGUGGCUGGGGUGUGCGCAGUCGUGAUGACUUGGAUGCGGGGACCUUUGUGUGUAUAUAUGCAGGCGUGAUACUGCAGAAGGUCCAGCGACCCGUUGAGCCUCCGCCCCCGAAAGUGACUAGAGUGGACCUGCCAUCGGAUGACGAGGUGGAGGUGGUCACAGAGUGGCUGGCACCCUCCGUACUGGAGGGGAGCAACUUGUUGGAAAACCCUGACCCCCCAACUUCUCCACCACUGCAUGUUCCAGUCAUCCAGAGACCCACCGAUGCCAACGCAAAUCCAAACAAAGAUAAGGUGAAGAAGGUUUUGGCGUCACCAAACAAUGCUGAUGGCAAAGGCAAUAAAAAGAACUUGAAGAUGGUCGUCAACUCAGAGGACAUGUAUUUGCUGGACGCCAGAAAGGAAGGAAACGUGAGCCGCUUCCUCAAUCACAGUUGCCAGCCAAACCUGUUCAUUCAGAACGUCUUCACUGACUCACAUGACCCUGAUUUCCCCAUCAUCGCCUUCUUCACCAACAGUGUGGUGAAGGCAGGCACUGAACUGACAUGGAACUAUUCUUCCGACGCACAUACGGUAUCGCUGGCCCAACAACAGGAAGUGCCCUGCGUGUGUGGCACUAAUGGCUGUCUGGGCCAGUUCCUGGAGGAGAACCUUUGUGAAACAUGUGAGUUUGGAUUAUGUGACACUAUGGAGGAGACGUGAGCAUGUCACCUGGAAGCCAUUUCCAUUUUUUACUGACUCAUUUCUUAAUAAAAACUUCAAAGUCAAGCAUCCAGGUGAGAUCUUGCAUCCUGUAUUAAUAGCAACGCUGAUUAUUAACCUUUUCUGUAGUUAAUAAUUUGGGGACCAUUGAAGUGAAAUUAGAUCAUUUCCCGCGGCACACCUGAUGACCUCUCAUAGCACACUAAUGUGGUUAGUUUGGAAUCCUGGCGCUAAUUCACAAUCUCGAACUCCUUACAUGGUCUACCGCUCACCUUUUGUACAUCAACUUCAACUAGUUCACUGCCCGCAUCUUUGCGAGAGAAGCCAUUUCGAUUCCUGUGAUUUGGUUUGACAGUAAAUUUCAUUGGAAGGAAGUUCAAAAAUAAAUAGACCAAACCAGGAUAAUAGGGGAGCAAUGCCUAUUGGUAACAGUAUGUCAGAACAUAGUGGUAACAAAAUGAAAUGCAAGAAUAAUAAAAAUCCCAUUAUAAAAUUUGAUACAUAUGGGAUAUCUGCCAAUCCAAGUGCAGUAUUUAAAGUGAGAAGAAAUGAAUUACUGUAGACUGGAAGACCAAAAGCACUCCUUUAUUGAUUUACAUGUCAGCUUACCAAGCAGUCCAGCUUGGCAGCCUGAGAGUAAGAAAAAUAACUGAUGCAGAGUCCAUCUGAGAGCA